AUGGAGCGUGUCCACGUGUUUGUCCGUUUGCAAAAUGAAUCUUUAUCAUCUUCUACUAUUGGCAUUAGUCGUACAAGCGCCACUUCCGUCCGCUUAGAGCACAGUGAGAUGUCUCCGGGUGUAGCCAAUCUCACUUUUAAACAGGUUUUCGAUGUAGAUGACAGCAAUUUUCACGUGUUUCAAACAAGUUUGACGGUUGCCGUAGACUCUGUAUGGAAUGGCAAAGCUGUUACAUUGAUAGCCACAGGUCCAAGGAGUUCAGACACGUCGUUUGCGUGUCAUGGCGACCUGAAGAAGUCCAUUAACAACCAAAAGGCGGAACCGGGUCUUAUUAUUCUGGCAAUACGUCGACUAUUUAGCAAAUUAGAGGUGAAUUUCAAGAAAAAAGAACAGUACAACGUGUUCUUGAGCUGCUGGGGCAUCAGACGAAGCGAAACCAGCAAAAAUGACAUUCUUACGAACCUUUUAAUGUCGGAGACAGGCGUCAUCAUGAAAAUAGAAAAGAACAUUGAGGAAGUUCUUGUAGAGAAUGGGGUGAUGGUGUCGACGUCUACUGAAGCAGAACAUUUGUAUUCAAGAGCAUUGGAGAGAAUAAAGGAGACAGAGAAUCAGGACUUUCUGUUUGUGCUACAUGUAGAGACUCUAUUGCCAAGUGGAGAGACAAGACGAGGACGUCUUCUUGUUGCCAAUAUUCAUGAAGGUUUUAUUAAUGAACGACACGGGGAAGAAUUAACGUUGCAAAAAGAGGAUGGACAGCAAAAGAGUUUGAAGACACAAUUGUCGAAGAAUGAAGUGUUGAGCACAGGUUUCAGAUCGUUCAUAGAACAAUCAAGCUCGACAUACCUACUUGUCGCCAUUCCAACGCCAGCACAAUAUCAGCAGCAAGCAAUCCAGUCACUUCUGUACGCGUGCAACGCACAAGAAAUCAAAAGCUUAAGUUCAAGAAACAGUUCGUCAGCGUUUGGUGAGAGAAGUCGUUCGUAUCAGUUCUUCGAUACUCAACCUCGAUCAUUACAGCAAACAGAGAAUGAAAAAGCAGGUUUUUGUCGCAAGGAAAGUGCCGUAUCUGGGGCUCUGUUCUAUCAAGCUUUCCCACCAGACGGAUCAACUGCUCCCAUUGUCACCAUGCCGUCUCCACCUACCUCACCACCGGUGUCUACCACGUCAAGCGAUCCUACGCAUGAGUUAUCGUUCACGUACUCGUCACAACAAGAAGAAAAUCUGACUGUGUCACCACGUUGCAGCCCAAGUACAAGCUGUGGAAGUGAAGAUUUUGAAAAGGAGUCGGUUGUAUCGAUGCGACUGCGAAAGGCUUAUAAUCUCGCUAAAGCUGCCACGAGCUCACAUCGGAUAAGUGCUGCCUUUGAUUCAAUCUCAUCGGACGGGGUAGUUUCUGAUACCGCGGCGGAUGAGUUACUGAAACAUAUCCCGCGUGACGCACGGCAUCGCUUAACUUGGCAAGACAACUUUAGCCGAAUUCGCGCACUUCAACUUGACCCCACCCGCGCUUUGGUGCACGACAUCUUAAUCAAAGACAAGUGUGUGGACCGAAUUUCGCGACUGAGUCAAAACAUGACCUGUCGAGUGGCGGAACUCGAGCAACAGCUACAUGAAACUCUGACAGCGCAACACGCGGCUAGAACCCAGCUACGAAACUCCCAUAUAAAGUUUGAUGACAUUGGACGCGAGGUAGCUCGUUUGCAAGAGGAAGUUAAAGCACUGGAAACUAGACAACAGGUUUUGACUGAUAAUGGUGACGUUCAAUCGUCAGAAAUAGAUCGAGCAAUGCUACACAUGUUGUCCGCACGCCUUGACGAGGCAAUGAUGCAGACCAAAGACGUAAUUGCGUUUAAAGACGGCGUUAUUCGCUCACUUGAGGAACGACUCCAGCUUGCAAGUAAGCGCGGGGCAGACGCGGUGACAAUGCUAAAAGAAGAAAGGGGCCAAUUCGAACGUGAAAAGGCUCAACUCGUCGUUCAGCUACAGCAGAGUAACGAAAAGAGUAAGGGCAGCACCGACGAGGUCUUGAGACUACAGGCUGAGAAUGUGGCUAUCCAGCAGCAAAAGGCACAAUUGACGGUCAAAUUGGAAACAGCUCGAUUAAAGUGGACACAAGAAGCUUGCGAUCGUGAAGAGCGAGCAGAGCAGAGAUGUGCAGAGCAAGUUUCCCGAGCUGAACAGCAGCUAGGCCAAGCCACUGCCGCGAUGCAACACCAAAUGGCUGAAUUUCGUGAUGAGCUCGACGCGCGAAUGACGAGGCAGCGGGUAGCUACACAGGUGGCGUGUAAAGCUGGUGAAUUGAAGAAGGAUCAGCUGGAACGUGAGUUGCAACGUAUGAAAUUAAAGUUGGCCAAGCAAAAAGUCAAGAUGGAAAAGAAAUCACGCGCGUUGGUGGCGACCGCUUGCAAGCAGUAUGAACAGCCUGUGGCGCUUUUGGAACGUAAACUUAACGACCAAUCGGCUCGCAUUGAUACCAUGCUGGAGCGCGAGCAGGUCACAUUGAGACGGGCCAGAAAAACUGAGAAAACUAUUGAAGGAUGGCAGAUUGAAACACAGCAACUGCAGGAAUCAAUUACUGAGCUAGAUCGGGAACGAAACGCUUUGAAAGGCCUCUGCAAAGAGCUCAAGACCGAUAAUGAGGCACUUAAAGGUGAGCUUGAGCGCCGAUUACUCGAGAUGGAACAAUCAGUAGCUCAACAGAUUAUCACAGCUGAGACACGGAUACAUGAGGAGCGAGACGAGCAAGUGAAAAACAUAGUGAAACAACACAACCUCGAGAUAAGCCGAUUAAGGGCUGCAACAAGGAAACAAGAAACAUUGAAAUCCAAGAUGGUCCAACUGGUACAUCAGCAAUUAUCGUCAACGGUGUCGUCGCAGAUACCUUCAGCAGAAGAUGAUUUAUUGUUUUCAAACAGCUGCGAGCAACGGAGUAUUGAGGAACUUGACGCUGGAAUCAGCGGCUCAAAAGAGCGGCUGUAUAAGCGCGGAGGGCAACGAAGAAAAGCUGACAACUCCUCGCGAUCGUCAUCUUCUUCUCCACCUACCAAGAACGCUUUAUCCUUACAGAGAGCGCUUGCACACAAGGAAGAGGAAGUUAGAGAGUUGUCGGCACGACAGAAACAACUCUUAACGGCAUUAGCGACGGCCAAUGAGCAAGAAACAUUAGCCAAAAAGCAGAUCCACGAAACCGAGGCAAAACGUCAACGUGAGCUGGUCCGGUACGAAGAGUUGCUUCAACAACUCAAUUGCGUAAAACAGGAAAAUUGGAACCUCAAUCUUGCUCUCCAUGUAACAGAAGCGGCAACAUGCAGCAGUUAA